GAUAUUAUAGGCAUGUCAAGUCUAAAAAUAUCCCAUUACUCCUGCAAACACCAACAUAAAACUUAGUUUGCAGCCAACAAACCUUCGGAGGCUGGGACAUUCACUGGAGAUUUUACAGGAAUGGAGGACGUUGAUAGAUGUGAGGAGSAGCUUAUUGAGUAUGCCAUUCGAGAGAGUAUUCGAGAUUUAUCAAUAGACAGCAUGCCAACAGUCAGUGGUGACUAUCUGAGGAUAGUGACUGCCAUUGAGCAAGGUGAUGUGUGUACCCUGCAGGAGCUGUCUGGGUUGCAGGCUUUCACAGAGAGGGACAGCAGAGGGUGGCUUCCCCUACACAGAGCCGUCGUGCAGUCCCAGGAACAGGUCUUGGAUCAGGUCCUGCUGGCUUCCUGUGAUGUGACUGUGGAUGAUGUGACUGCAGACGGUGACACAGCGUUGAUUCUGGCUGCUCAGGAGGGUCUGCUGGAGAAUUGUGGGGCCUUCGUGGAACAGGUGUGUCUGAAGAAGUGGAUGGCCAUUCACGAGGCAGCCAAGGUGGGCUGCAGUGCCAUCCUGGUGCUUCUGCUGAGACAUGGGGCCAAGGUGACAGCUGUAGAUGGGCACAAUGUCACCCCGCUGGGCAUCGCAGCAGAGUACGCCCACGUGGAGGUCCUCGAUAUACUCAUAAAGAACGGUGGCGACGUGAACGCCCAGGCAUAUAACGGAGACACUGUUCUGUACGAUGCAGCCGGCUCAGGGAAKCUGGACUGCAUAUACCUCCUCCUGCAAGCUGGAGCCAACCCUAACAUUGCCAGUCUAMCCUGCCAGCUGCCCAUACACAGAGCUGCCUAUGAGGGACACAUCCUUGCUCUGAGGACCUUCAUCCCCAUCACCACUAAGAGGGCCAUCCGUCUGUCUGGCCAGAGCCCAGUCCACUCUGCAGCAGAUGGCGGCCAUGUUGACUGCCUGGAGCUGCUCAUAGAGAGAGGUUUCGAUGUCAACGCUCAGCUGGACGUACACAUCUCAGAGAGCUACGGGGACAUGAGGCGGAGUCCACUGUACUUCGCCGUAUCCAACAGUGAUGUCACCUGCACAGAGAUGCUGCUGGCCGCCGGGGCCAAAACUGACAUGGACCCGCUACACUGCUUCCUGGUGGCUGUACGCGCUGGGAGGUAUGAGCUGGUGCGUCUGCUAUUGUCCAGGGGUGCCGAAGUCAACUGCUACUUCAGAAGGAUCAGUGACACACUGUUUCCCACCGCGUUGCAGUACUGUCUCAGAGAUCACACGAUUCUGCGCCUGCUGCUCAACAACGACUACGACGUAGACAAGUGCUUCCUGUGUAACCACGGCAACAGACAGGAUAUGGACUGCGACUCCUGGGUCGACUACCAACAUAACCAUAGAAGAACUUUAUUUUAUAACCAGGACUACAGAGCCUCGUUCUGUGAAAUCAUCUCCCUGUCGUCGGUGGUCAACCUGGCGGGGAGUGUGGUACAGAUGCUUCUGGACUACGUCAGACACCCACGUAUCUGCCCCAACCUCCUACGGGUCCUGGAGAAACAGAAAGAGUGGCCAGACAUCUGUGGCAUUCUGGACAACCCGCGGUCCCUGCAGCACCAGUGUCGUUUGGUCAUUAGGAGACAGAUGACCCCUAGAAGACUGAAUGACCCUCAGGUCAUGGCUGCCGUCCCGUUCCCCCCGACACUCAAACACUACCUCACCUACAGGGAGUACGAUGAGUAUGGUGGGUUGGCAGCCACACACUCAUAACUGGACUAUAUCAAUGAAAACAUAUUUAGAAGAACAAAAAGAAGAAGAAAAAAUAAUCCUGUUCCGUGCAUAACUGAUCAGUCACAUGAUGCUGUUUCUCAUGAAUAAUGCUUUAGCUCAUAUACUUAUGCUUAUAUUAAGUAGGGCAAGUGUUCUUGUGAUGUAAUGUUUGUAAUAACCACAAUUCUUUUCACACUGAUUUAUGUUCUCUGAAUAGUGUGAAUAGUCCUUAUCAUAGUACUGCUACUUCUGCUAGACUGCAUACAUUAGACAGCACAGCUGUGCAGCAUGAUACAGUGCAUGUAGUGUGAUGUACUCUUCAAGAUCUCCCCAUGGGAAAAGCAGGUCAGGUCUAAAAAUAACUCUCUGAGCGCUCAUUCAGUUUAUACMUAGGGCUAAACACUCACUGGACACUGGUCUGAAUGACUCUGCUGCAAUGGACUGUUGACUUUUACAGUGACCCUGACACCUACCUGACUCAUAAGACCAGGGUUUAAAUAUAGAGAGAUGUAGAUCUAGACAACAGCUCAUCCAUAUUAUACCCUCAAAGUUCUGGGAGCUAGUMGUGUUGUCACUAGCCCCGUUUAUACCUGGUGCUAACAUGCAUUCUUUGUCCUGAUCUUGUKCGCAUUCUGAUUGUGCCCACAUUUUUAGACAGGUGUAGAAGAUUGUAAGACGCAUUGCGAUCUGAUUGUGAUCAGAUUUCCRUGACAACCUCCGGAGGUAGUCAGGCUUGCAGGUGUAGACAGAUCUGGACAGUGAAACCAUUUAAAUCAUCAUUAUCCAGCACUCUAAAAUCCUUGACAAGUUGGAGCAUUGUCUUAUGGCAUCAAUAUGAGUCUUAAAAUAAAUAAAUACACAUUAUUUUGAAAGAAUGUCUGAAAAUGUGACUGUUGACAAGAUCAGGACAGGAUGCAUGUUUGCAGCAGGUAUAAACAAGGAUACUGAGACCUGUUGGGUGUACAACAAACCAGAAUCAAUGAGUUAGCCAGCUAACUUUGAUAAACAACCACAAAUAACUAUUAAUUUUCAAGCUUAUUU